AUGUCAUCUCCAACGCCUAUCAUCGUUUGGUGUCAUCCAAGAUCGGUUUCAUCCGCAUUCGAACGUGCUUUUAUGCAAAGGCCCGAUACACGCAGUUAUCAUGAACCUCUGAGUAUGCCAUUUUAUUAUGGAGAAAAAAGACCUUGUCACCGAUACGAUGAUGAUGCUUGUAAGGCAACCUCUGAAGGUACAUUAAAGAGCGUUUUGGCGGAAACCGAAUCAGGUGUAGAAGAGAACGUAACCGUUGGACAACAUGAAAAAACCGCAUGUCGUUAUAUUUUCAUCAAGGACAUGGCUCAAUACGUUUUCUCCGCAGGAGCUUUGAGAAGUCUACAUCCCGAUUCUACAGUUUACAAGCCGAAUGAUAAACAAGCUGCAAUUGCUUUCAACGAUCCGUUGGAAAAUCCUACAAUCCUUCCAAUUGAUCUUUUGCGCAGAUUCAAGCAUACUUUUCUCAUGCGGACACCAAAGAAGAGCGUUCCUAGCUACUGGAAAUGUGUACAAGAUGGCGCAGCAGGUUUCGCAUAUUUUGAUGCAGCUGAAGCCGGCUACGUUGAAUUGAAGCUUUUAUACGAUUGGAUGGCAAAUCCAAAAUCAACGUUCCACACGGCAGAAGAGACUAACGACGCACAUUUGAUACCUGGUCAAGUGCAAGCUCAACCCAUGCCUCCUCCAUUGGUUGAUGCUUCUGAUUUAUUGGCCCGACCAGAUGAUGUUGUUGCGCGAUAUUGUGCAGCGAUCGGAGUCCCCUUUGAUGAUGGAAUGUUGAGUUGGGAAAGUGGUACAGUGAAUGCAUUCAAUUCAUGGCAAGGAUACCAUACUGCCGCUCAAAAUAGUACAGGAUUCAAACGUGAAACACCAGUCGAUCCAAGCGCAGAACAAGCAGAGACAUUUCUCAAUGGCUCAUCACGCAUUUCUGACCAUGCUUUUUCUCCAUCUAGUGCCAAUCUGGAUUCGUAUAAUUAUCUGUACGCUUUCCGCAGCAUCAAGACUGCCUAG